AUGACAAAACCUCAACAUACACUUCGUCAUUGGAUUCCACCUAAAUUAACCCCUAUUCUAAGUCUUACUAAUACGUCACGUGUUCGUCGUAUCAUCGAUUUCUAUGCACGACUCCCCCGAAGCUCUACACCAACAGUAUUAAGCUCAUAUGAGUGGUUAGAAACUUAUACAAAGAAAUAUUUUACUGGUCGAGGAAAAGGUCAACCUAUUCUACAUGCAAUUGGUGGAAUUAUUCUCUUUGGAUAUUUUAUGGGUUAG